ACAGCUGGCCAGCAGUGGGUAGAAGAAAUGGUUUCGUGUAUCAUAUCCCGAGUCGUUAUUCUGGUGUUUGGCACACUUUAUCCAGCAUAUUACUCCUACAAAGCAGUCAGGACCAAAAACACGAAAGAAUAUGUGCGGUGGAUGAUGUAUUGGAUUGUGUUUGCUCUUUACACUGCAGUGGAGACCAUCACAGACCUCUCCCUGCCAUGGUUUCCGUUGUACUACGUGCUGAAAAUGGUCGUGGUGAUCUGGCUGGUGUCGCCCUACACGAGAGGAGCCAGCGUGGUCUUCAAAAGGUUCCUGCACCCGCUGCUGGCCUCAAAGGAAAGGGAGAUUGAUGAUUACAUCGUUCAAGCCAAAGACAAGAGUUAUGAGACCAUGCUGAGUUUCGGCAAGCAGAGCCUCAGCAUCGCUGCUACUGUCGCCGUCACCGCUGCCGUUAAGGGACAGGGUGCCAUCAGCGAGCGUCUGCGGAGCUUCAGCAUUCCCGAUCUCACCCAGGAUCUCAGCCAAUCAGGAUUCAUCAAACCAACACAACGAGCAAUUCAGAAUCCGAACCUCAAACCCGAGAGCUCUGAGCUCUGUGAUGAAGAGGAAGUGGACGGUACGUUUUCCGAGGAAGACUCACCCUUGACGAGGGGUCUGCGGAGAACCCAGAGUGUGAAGAUCACACGUUCCAAAGUCUUACGUAAAGAGCAGCCUCGUUGUGGCUCCCUGAAGACUAAAUCCAGACGGAGGCCGAUGAUCACCGCCCAGACUUUUGAGCAGCCCUAAACACGUCAAACACACCAGAGACCAGCUUGAAUCAUCAUGUAACACACACUACCAAAACGUCUGAACACACCUGAUCAUUCCGUUACACACAUCUUAAGAACCUCGUUAUUCCAUUUGUAUGAACAGGCCUGACCAACCCCUAACACACACACACACACACACACUACAAAUCCCUUCGUAUGAACAGGACUCAUUAGAACACACCCUAACACACCUCUGGAGGUGUCUCUAUAAACAGGCUUUGCCAGGAAGACUUUAUAUUAACAGACCUGCUCAUCACACACACACCCAGCUGAGGAACCUCGUUCAGAACAGGCCUGUUCGAUUUGUGAUGUUUUGCCUGGGCAUAAUCAUCCCGUAACACACACACACACACACACACACACAUAUGUGGCAUAGAUUUAUGAUAGUAUGAAUGAACCUCGCCAUCGUAGUAUUCCACCCGUGGAGCCGCUACACAAGUACACAAGGAGAUACCUGCACAUCACAUCACAACACACCUACAUGAGGUGUCUGGCCUGAGGAACCUGAAUCACUUGACACACUACCAGCAGACGCAUUGGCUCUAGCAAUGAGAAACCUAGUCGGGUGCCCUCCCACAGACACAGCCAAACCUCUCAGUGGUGAGCACUGUACAUGGUGAUGUACAUGUUUUGAUUAGAGGGGCACUAAUCCCAUGUUGUAUUGGAUUGUGCUUUAGUGACGCCACAAGAUUUUCUAAAUCUGAUCCACAACACAAACUGAACAAGUAAACAUGAAUCAAAUUCUGUUAGUGAUUCUUUCAGAAAUAGGCUUACCAUUUACUUCUGGUCUCUUGCUGUGUUUUAUUGCACUGUGGGAUAUGGCAGCACUGUUAAUCUUUUUCACCUCGUGCUACAUUAACUAAAUUUUUUGUUUUGUUUUUGCAUUUAGUAUGUUCUCCACACUCACAAGACACAAAUUAACACAGAACUGACGUGUUCGAUGGUGACGUUUUGGCAGACAGACCUGCAUUUUCUGUGCAGUGUGUGUUAAUACACCAGUGCUAGUGCACUAUGUAAACACACUAUUAAGUACAGUAGUUUUAUUUACUGCUAAUUACUCUAGCUUUGCCUUCACUACCUGCAACAACUUUCAAUUUUUAGUUUAUUAUUUUUUAUUUGGAUGGGGGGGGUGGGGGGGGUGGGGGGGGGGGGAUAACUUUUGACACUCAACAUUUGACAUUUUUUGAUGUAUUGAUAUACGCACUUUAUUAUCUGAAGCACCACCAACCAAACAGCUCAAGAUCAAAUUAGUGCAUUCCUAACAAAGUAACACGUUUUACUGUUUUCAUUUUGCUGCUGUUAAACAAAUGAAAACAUUUCUGGUGUAAAAUACAGCGUCUGUGGUAAAUAAACCGGCUGUAUUGGUUUUAUUUUAGCCAAAUGCAUGUGUAAUGUCAUGUGUGUAGUUUGUACAGUAAUU